GAGGGACUUAGCCUUGCCGAGCUCGGCCAGCAUGUGGAAGGAGAGCUCUCAUGGCUACAAUAACUUAGGGAGCUCCUACCUGGGUGACGCUUGGGUAGGAAGGCUUCUGUUUGUUUUGUUCUGUUUCCGAGGGUCCCGUGUGCUUCUCUUGCUUGUAUCAACGUGACUCUUGGUGGUUUUUGCACACCCUGCUCUGUGGGGGAGUGCCCCAACGUGCCUGUCUUAUGUGGCCUCUAUGGACACACUGCCCAGCUGGCAGAGAACAGGGAAGUUUUCUCCCAGCACCCAAAAAGAGAAAGAGGAAACUACUUUUUCCUUCUGGGCUCCUUGCAGCACAAUAGAUCAGGAUAAGCUUCCACAUUCCCUGCCUGGAUUUUCUGGAUUGGUUUCCAGGAAGAAGUUAAAUCUUCAUCUUUAAAUGGAUGAGCAUGUCACAAUCAGGAAGAAACAUCUCCAAAGACCCAUCUUUAGACUAAGAUGCUUAGUGAAGCAGCUGGAGAAAGGUGACGUCAACGUGGUCGAUUUGAAGAAGAAUAUUGAAUAUGCAGCGUCGGUGCUGGAAGCGGUUUACAUCGAUGAAACGAGGAGACUGCUGGACACUGAAGAUGAGCUCAGUGACAUCCAGACCGACUCGGUGCCAUCGGAAGUCCGGGACUGGUUGGCUUCUACCUUUACUCGGAAAAUGGGGAUGAUGAAAAAGAAACCCGAGGAAAAACCAAAAUUUCGAAGCAUUGUGCAUGCCGUGCAAGCUGGAAUUUUUGUGGAAAGGAUGUACAGGAAAAGCUACCACAUGGUCGGUUUGGCAUAUCCCGCAGCUGUCAUAGUGACACUAAAGGAUGUUGAUAAAUGGUCUUUUGAUGUAUUUGCCCUGAAUGAAGCAAGUGGAGAGCAUAGCCUGAAGUUUAUGAUUUAUGAACUGUUUACCAGAUAUGAUCUUAUCAACCGCUUCAAGAUUCCUGUUUCUUGCCUAAUUGCCUUUGCAGAAGCUUUAGAACUUGGUUACAGCAAGUACAAAAAUCCGUAUCAUAAUUUGAUUCAUGCAGCUGACGUCACUCAAACUGUGCAUUACAUAAUGCUUCAUACAGGUAUCAUGCACUGGCUCACAGAACUGGAAAUUUUAGCAAUGGUCUUUGCUGCUGCCAUUCAUGAUUACGAGCACACGGGGACCACAAACAAUUUUCAUAUUCAGACAAGGUCGGACGUUGCCAUUCUGUACAAUGAUCGCUCUGUGCUUGAGAACCACCAUGUGAGUGCAGCUUAUCGACUUAUGCAAGAAGAGGAAAUGAAUAUUUUGAUAAAUUUAUCUAAAGAUGACUGGAGGGAUCUUCGGAACUUAGUGAUCGAAAUGGUAUUAUCUACAGACAUGUCAGGUCAUUUCCAGCAAAUUAAAAACAUAAGAAGCAGUUUGCAGCAACCCGAAGGGAUUGAUAGAGCCAAAACGAUGUCCCUGAUUCUCCAUGCAGCCGACAUCAGCCACCCGGCCAAAACCUGGAAGCUGCACUACAGGUGGACCAUGGCCCUGAUGGAGGAGUUUUUCCUACAGGGAGACAAAGAAGCUGAAUUGGGUCUUCCAUUUUCUCCACUUUGUGAUCGAAAGUCAACGAUGGUUGCCCAGUCACAAAUAGGUUUCAUUGAUUUCAUAGUAGAGCCAACGUUUUCUCUUCUGACAGACUCAACAGAGAAAAUUGUUAUUCCUCUUAUAGAGGAAGCCUCAAAAUCUGAAUCUUCUAACUAUGGGGCAAGCAGCACAUCCACCAUCGUGGGGUUCCACGUUGCUGAUUCCCUGAGGAGAUCAAAUAUGAAAGGUUCCAUGAGUGAUGGGAGCUAUUCCCCAGACUACUCCUUGUCAGCUGUGGACCUGAAGAGCUUCAAAAACAACCUGGUGGACAUCAUUCAGCAGAACAAAGAGAGGUGGAAAGAGUUAGCAACACAAGGUGAACUUGAUCUUCAUAAGAACUCAGAAGACCUAGGAAAUGCUGAAGAGAAGCAUGCUGACACACAUCCAUAGGUCUGAACAACCUUUAAGAGUUCUGUCAUUUUAAACAUGAGAGGAUAAUGAAAGCCGCAUGAGAAACAUCCCAAAUCCUCAGCUUUCUAAAAAAUUAUAUUCUCUUUCAAGAGACAGUUGGUGCAGGCCAUUUUAGUGGACUCCUAUGUAAGGAAUAAAAACACAAAAUUUAAGCUGAUAACUGAGUAAAGAAGUACUUUCAAGUUGUGAUUAGAGUUUUUGCCCAGUGUUUCUGCCACUGUUUUUCCUCCAUAAUUCAAUCCCCUUCAAUCAAACCAGAGAAUAUUUGUAAGACAAAACUUGGGCAGUUUCAAAUUUAAAUCAUUUUUAACAAUGAUAUUUGUGCAGAAGAUGAAAGAUUUUGCGACGUAUCACUUGCACUGUGUAACACAUAGUGCUACUACUACAAAAUUUUCAAGGUCUUAAGUAAAGGAAGCAAAAACAAAAUCAUGGAAAACAGUAGUGUUUUUGCAAUGCAAGGGAACAGGCUAGUUAUACUGUCCUCAUUUAAAAUGUAGGGAAAUGGAGCAAGAAUUGUGGCUGCUCAGUUGGUGAAGGCCAAGGCACCCAUGGAGCAUCAGAGCUGCAGCUCAGUGACUGAAUGAACACCUCACUGCAUCUCCAGCUGGGAAGCCACAGAACAACCUUCCUCUGAAACCAGCAGACCAGCCCUCAACCAUGGUUAAAGGCACUAAUGCAUCACCUAUGCACAUGUGGUCACAGUGCAGGUCAUACCUUACUGACAGUCCACGGUAACAAGCAGCACCAGCCAUUGCAGGAGACAGCCACUGAAAAGGAGAAUGGAAUUUGCCUUCUGGGGUUUUGAUCCCACCAAGGACAUAACAAGUAUAUUACAGGCCAAGGGAUAGGAGAUUAAAAAAAAAAAAAAAAAAGUGUGUGUGUGUGUGUGUGUGUGUGUGUGUGUGUGUAUUCAAGCUCAAAAAAUAUAUGUGGAAAUGGAAGCCCACACUUUUCUGUGUAGCCAACAUUAUUUCAUGUGAAUUUUAAUUUUACUCAACAGAAAACUACAGCCCUCAGCUGUCCUGCUUCCUCGUCAUGUUUUGCCUGAGCAUGUGUGAAGCCUUUCCUUUGCCCUAAGCUGAAGAUCUGCCUUUAUUUGUUAUUAACUGGCAAGAAAGGUCAAGCACAAUUAGGUGUUUUCAUUGUACAUGCAUUUCAGUGAUUGGAAGAUUGAUGAAAGGUGGAAAUUGGAUGGAAAUAGCCAAGAGUAGCCAUCAAUUAAAUGACGUGAAGGAGGGUCAGCCAUCCUAACGAGCUGCUUCUUGCACCUGCUUCCUUCCCAGGUUCCAAAAUGCUGAGCAAUAUUUUAGAGGGAUUCAAUCAGAAGCUUUUAAGCCUAAGUAGUGAUGUUUGAUAACUCACAACUUAGAUUUCCUUUAAUGUGUAAGCCAUAUUCUCUAUGCAUAUUUAGUAUGCAUCAUUGUAAUUUAAGAUAUAUUUGUGUGGAGACUGUAUAAAAUGCUUUAAAAUGUCCUGUGAAUGAGUUUCUUAACAUUAGUAUCAUCUGAAUCUUGUGCAGAGCACAGCUAAAUCAUCGAAAUGUAUCUUAGGCAUUACAAUGCAAUUAAUAUUUUAAAUGUCAGCAGUAAAGACUGAUCUAUAAUAAUGUGUUAGGGAAAAAUUUAUAGAAAUGUACAUCACAGUGACUUUUGUCCUUUAAAAUGGACUUUUUAUUUCUAUUUAUGGAGAAUCUGUAACUACUGCUUUUAAUGUCUUUUUAAAAAUGAUAUAUUUACCACUUAGAAAAUAUUCUUCAUUUAAAGUAGAAUCUGACUGUCUAAGAAAUCUAAUUACUACUGUUAUUAAUUGAGCCAGUUGUCGUUCAGUAAAUCUAGACUCUUCGGGGAGGAGCAAAUUGACACUGCUUCUCUCAUGGUUUAGGAAACAUAUCCACUUUUCCUUUGAUCUCUAUGCUUUGUUAAUAAAAAUGGAGAAGUACAUUUCAAUUUCUGUGUAUGGGUCUUAGCCUAAGUUUUCAGGUUACAUGACUUCUGAAGCCCUGUGGUUAACCUUGCAGAAGGAAUCGAGGAGGCCCCACUUCUUCAGCCUGUCACACUGCCUGGCACACUUACUCUUCUCCCAUGUCCCUUUGUUUUCUUGCUAUCUCUCAGAGCCCCCAUGGCUCUCCUAAGUUUUCCUUUUUAUUUUCCAUGCUCCUUUUUUCUUUUUUCUCUCUGUAUAACAGCUCCUAUUUGGCAGCUCUGAUUGGCAGGAGUCAGACUGGAGGUCACUUGUGUGUGUCCUUCUGCAGAAUUUAGUGUGUAAGUCCACGCUGAAGGCAGGACUAACGAUGUAGGCUACUGCACCUGCUUUGCAUUUUUACUCACAGCUACCCAACACAUAUAUCUUGUUAGUUCAUAGGUCUUCUCAUUUAACCAGAAUGUCCUUUAAUUUUUAACAUGACAAAUUACAAUUUUUGUGUUUUUAUUAUGCUGUAAUUCUCUGUAUUUCCUAUUAUAUAUGAUUGCUAAAUAAAUCUAUUUGAUGGAAA